AUGUAUGCUCGAUCAAAUGUUCGACCGGGUGCUCGACCUACAGCAACAACUAAUUCUACUUAUGGUGCAUCAAAUAAUCGAUCGUCUGUUAAUACAGGUUCUAGUAGUGGAUCCAUGGCACGAUCACAACCUGUUAAUCGACGAUCAGCAAAUCAAUACGAAAAUGAAGCACCACCACCACCUCGUAAUGCUGGUAAGCAGCAAAAAUCAGCAGGUGGUGGACAAGGUUAUGGUGAAUAUGAUUAUUUGUAUAAGAAUGCUCCGGGAGGAACUGGUCAACCACCAGCUAUGCCUAAAUAUGUAUUAUGUUAUGUAUGUGGACGCAAAUAUGGAACACAAUCAAUUGAUAUUCAUGAACCUCAAUGUUUAGAAAAAUGGCAUAUUGAAAAUGCUAAAUUACCUCCAAAUUUACGUCGACCAGCACCACGUAAACCUGAUAUUCAUAUUAGCAGUGGUAAUUAUACUCUUGAUGAAAUAAAUGAUGCAGCUUAUGAAGCAUCAAAAUCUCAACUUGUUCCAUGUGAAAAUUGUGGACGUAGAUUUGCUGCUGAUCGUAUAUCAGUUCAUCAACGAAGUUGUAAACCAGGUCAUGCAGCCAAAGCUAUUGGUGCACCAGCUGGUCCCAGUACUGGACGAAUGGCCGAACGACCUAUCCAAAGACGAGAUAAUGCUUCUUAUGAUGAAUCUGAUGAUGUACCAAUAAGUUCAACAAAACGUGGUGGUGGUGGUGGUGGUGGUGGUGGUGGUGGUGGUGGUAGUAAGGCUGCAUUUGCUAGUAGUACAUCAGGUGCUGCUGGUCUUUAUCCAUGUUCUGUAUGUAAUCGAACAUUUGCAAGUGAUCGUAUACAACAACAUGAAGAGGCAUGUAAGAUUGCUCAUAAACAACGGCGUGUAUUUGAUUCAACUAAACAACGAUUACAAGGAACUGAAGCAGCAACAUAUUUUAGAAAAGGGAAAGGAGGUAAAGGUCCAAAUCCAUCAGCUAAACCUCAAAUUUCAAAAUCAAAUUGGAGACAAAAACAUGAAGAUUUUAUUCGAGCAAUUCGUUAUGCUAAACAAGCAACUAAUUAUGAGAAAGCAGGUGGUCGCUUAGCUGAUCUACCUCCACCACCUGUUUCUGUUAAUCCGGAUUAUGUACAAUGUCCACAUUGUGGACGUAAUUAUGCUCCAACAGUGGCUGAACGACAUAUACCAAAAUGUGUUAAUAUUUUAGCUAAACCUAAACCUCCACCAGGUCUUAAUCGAAUGGGUCCACAACAACGUACAGGUCUCGGUAAUACUCGUCCAACUGCAUCAAAUUACAACAAUACAUCUGGUGGUUUCAGUAAUAGUAGCGCAUAUCCACCUCCGAAUAGAUCAACACGUGGUGGCCGUUAUUAA